AUUAUUGAUAAAGAAAAGGAAAACCAAACUCAUGGAAAAAUCUGCAGUGGAGAAGACAAAGUCAGUGAAUACAAAAGUAAAAAGUGUAAUAGAAAUGACAGUAUUAGGAAAUACAAUGAGAAAAUUAAAGAGAGCAAGCCUGUAAUUGAUAAGAAAAGGAAACAAGCUGAGAAAACAAAGACAGAGAAAAAGAUGGAUAUCUGGUUUGAUAAUAUUGAUCCAAUACUUCUUGGAGAACCAGAGGAAGAGAGUGAAAUGGAAAAUUGCCAAAGAAAAGCUAACGAGAAGAUGGAUGAUGUUGAAACAGCCACGGCUCUUGUGAAAACUAAAUGUUUUGAAGGUAUUACAAAAGCAGUUGCUAUGGACUGUGAGAUGGUGGGCGUUGGAAUGAAUGGUCAGGAGUCCAUAUUAGCAAGGGUAACAAUUGUCAACCACUUUGGUAAAGUGCUAUAUGACAAAUUUGUCAAACCCACAGAAGAGGUUGUAGAUUUCCGAACAAAGGUAUCUGGAAUACAGCUGUCUGAUUUAGAAGGAGGUGUUGAGUUUUCAACAGUGCAAAAGGAGGUGUCUGAAUUGCUUGCAGGACGAAUAUUGGUGGGCCAUGCUGUGAGAAAUGACCUGAAGGUCCUUUUUCUCUCUCAUCCAUGGUCAGACAUUAGAGAUACAUCAAGAUACAAGGGUUUUCGUCGGCUGUUUGGUGGAGCGAUUCCAAGUCUGAAGAAGCUGACACAAAAAAUUAUGGGUGUUCAAAUCCAGAGUGGCGAGCACAAUUCGAUUCAAGAUGCACAAGCUGCUAUGCGCCUGUACACACUACAUCGAAGAGAAUGGGAAAAGCUAAAAUCAAAGAAAAAAAGAAAGUUAUCUGCAAAAAAGAAGAAAGUCUCCACCACUGUGGCAGAGAUUGAGUCUGAGACAGAGUCCCAGUGAUAGUGAAGAACCAUUGGCCAUACAUGAUCAUUCUACACUUUUAUAUUAUGCUGCAGAAUUUAUUUUCCCUGGAACAUCAUCAGGAAAUCAGGUUACACUUAACCUUAUUUACUUUUGUUUGUAUAAAUAGUGUAGCACUGUCAUGCCUGAUGAAAGUGUAUUUGUUGGGUGACUUAGUAGUUAAGGUAAUUGAAAAGUAGUCAUUUGUAACAGCAGUGUAAGAGAGAUUCCAUCAAUUAUUCAACACUGAGGAAAGGGUGAGCUGGAUUUUAUGGUAUGACUGUAUCUUUUUUUUUUUUUUUAUAGUCCCUAUUGCUGUAUAGCCCUUGUGGCUUAGCGCUUCUUUUUGAUUAUAAUAAUAAUAUAGUCCCUAUUGUUUCAUUCCUUUUCCACUGCUAUUUUAGACUAUGUACAAAAAAAAAAGUUGCCAGAUAAUACUGGAUACCAAAAUGAUCAAUUGCUGUAAAAUUAAUGAUCACAAAUAACCUGCACUUACAAAGCUAAUGACAAUGUUUUGGUUUGUCCUGGACCUUUUAUCAAGUCACAACUGAGAAAAAGCAGACAUCCAAGAAACAUGAUAGGAUGGAAUGGUGGUUAAUAGUAACAGUAGUAGUAGUUGGUCUGUAUAACCCUUGUGGGUUUAGCACAUAGUUUUGAAUGUAAUAAUAAAGUAAUAGUAAGUGCAGGUUAUCUCUUCAUCAUGAUAUUGUGACUUUUUAUUCUUAUUGUGAAUCUACUUUAUAAAGAGCUUGCAUAUUUCAGCAUGCAACCCACAGUCACCAUAAUCUUAUUUAUUUAUUUCCUUUGUGUUAUGGAAUCCAGACAAUAUGGACUUUAACAAAAGGUGCUGUGAAUGAAGGAAGUGCUUGAUUCAUAUUCGGGACGGUUCUCAACAAACUAUUUACUUCCCUCAAUCUGACUCCCUUUUCUGCUUGCUGUUUGUUUCUUUGUCUCUUCCACCUUAGGAGGUAUGGAUGAUUCAAAUUUGUUUUGCUUUCCCUCUCUUUCCGAAGUUUUGUAUUUUCUUCUGUGGACAUGUUCUCCCUAUUUUCUGAGGAUUUUCAGUUGCAUUUACAUGUUACUGCUGUGUACACUAUGGCUUUACACCCUCUGUUGUAGGAUACAAGUUUUUCUGGAAGAUGUGAUAAAAGGACUUUUACCUGAUAUUAAUAUAGCCUCUCCUCACUUAGCGACGUACUUGUUUACUGAUGCCUCGGACUUAUGACAGGCUCUCUGACCAGUAUGCAUACCUGAAUAAUGUAUAUUAGAGUUCAUUUCCUCUAUUCUGUUUAUUACAAUAUAUAGUAGUACACUGCUCUAUAAACAUUUAAGAAUAUACCAGAAAUGUUAUAAAUGGUGCAAAGGUGACAUUAAAACAAUAUCAAAGAUGGUAAACACAAACUCACUACCAUUAUAGUAUACUCCUCACUUAGUGAUGAAUUUAUUUACCGACAUGGUCUUAGGAACGGAACUCUGUCGUUAAGUGAGGAGAGGCUGUAUAUUAACCCUUAAACUGUCCAGGCAGAUCUACAUUCACAUGCGUAGGGCUCCAAAAGUAGAUCUACGUUUUUUUUUACACAUUUUCAAACAUAACAAAAAAAAACAUAGAUCAAAGUUUUUUACACGUUUUCAAAUGUAAAAAAGAAAAAAAAAGAUCUACUUUUUUUACAUACUUUCAAAUGUUGAAAAAAACGUAGAUCUACGUCUGGACAGUUUAAGGAUUAAAGGCAUAAUUAUAAGCACUUCUUUCAGCUGUUAUCCACAUUGUUUCUCUUCCCAUUGUAGUCUCUGAUUCAUUGUGCAUUACAUGGUCUUCUAAACUUUGACUCCUCACACCCCAUUGUUCUCUCCAUUCAACACUGGCUAUGUGGCAUCUUCAACAAGCUUAGACAUUUUCUCUUGCUGGGUCUCUGGUCAUUUUGGUGUUCAGGGUAAUGAAAUUGCAGACUCCUCUGCACAUUAUAUGGUUCAGGUCCUAUCACUCUCUUAAGGGGAUGAGCAAUUUCAGACUUGAUUACGGUUUUGUUCUGAAGUAUUCAGAAUCACUGGCAAUGUCAUUAAUUUAACCCUUACAGGGUCCCCAGGCCCUCUCCCAGACUUGUCCUCAGGGUUGCCCAAAUUUCAAAAAAAAAAAAAAAAAAAAAAAUUCUUAUGAAAAGAUAGAGAAUCUUUUCCCGAUCACAAUAACACCAAAAGUAUGAAAUUUGAUGGAAAACUUACAGAAUUAUGCUCUCGCAAAGUUAGUGGUCUCGACGAUGCUUACACAUCGGCGAUUUUGCCCAUUUUGAGCCCUAUUUUCGGCCAAUUCCAGCAUACUAGUCGACAAAAAUCAUAACUAUUUUGCUAGAACUCCAUUUUCUCUAUUGAAUGAGUACAAGAAACCACCCAUUUACCAAUUUCAACUAUCCAGUACAGUGGUCAGAAUUUAGCAAUUUUGCCAAUUUCACACAAAUUUCAAAAGAUGCCAAUUUCCAAAUAGGGUCCAGAAUAAACAAGAAAGACAUUCCUGGCACUAAAAUAACAUUUCCUCUGUUCAUUAGUCACGUCCCCACGCCCCUCUUACAUUCUUUUGCUUUCCACUUUGAAUUUUUAUUCUCGCAAAAAAAUAGAAGAUUUACUGUUAUACAGACUACUGCAUUAGUGUAAAAAUGGUAUAAAUAAUAUAGGCGCACUUGUGAAAGAAUAUUAGACUCACCAGUUGACGUGUAUUGGACGCUUAGCAUGAUUUGUUUACUUUUGAACUUUGGUAAAAAUCGAACAUUUCUGCUACUUUGAGCUCAAUUUCAAGGUACAUUUCAUUGUAAAAUCAUUCAAAAUCAUCUCAGUUUCUGUAAUAUGUCUUCUGUUCUAUAAAAUGAGACCAGGAAAACUAGAAUACAACAAUAAAUACCAUAUGAAAAUACAGUGCAAAGUCGUUGUUUUAAUCCAAAAACACGGUCAAAGUUUUUUUUUCUCAUUACGCACUGUGUGCUGCAGGAU